GGGGAGGAGGAGGGGGAGGGGGACGGGAGGAAGAGGAAGAUGGCCGCCGCGGCAGUUUCUCGUGUGGUCCCACGGGGCUGGCUCCUUUGGAGACCGGUUGCAACAUCGGCUGCUCCCAGUCGGUCGCUGCACCAGACACCUGCAACAGACAGCACCGAGAGUAGUCCGGCGCCGGUCCAGCAGACGAGCCGUGCGAUCGUUCAGAAGCAGUCCUAUGUGCCCACCAGCCGCGGGGAGUACGUGAUCACCAAGCUGGAUGACCUGAUCAACUGGGCCCGCCGGAGCUCCCUGUGGCCCAUGACCUUCGGCCUGGCUUGCUGCGCCGUGGAGAUGAUGCACAUGGCUGCGCCCCGGUACGACAUGGACCGCUUCGGGGUGGUCUUCCGAGCCAGCCCCCGACAGGCCGACGUCAUGAUUGUGGCCGGAACCUUGACCAACAAGAUGGCUCCUGCCCUCCGGAAGGUCUAUGACCAGAUGCCUGAGCCACGUUACGUGGUGUCCAUGGGGAGCUGCGCUAACGGGGGUGGCUAUUACCACUAUUCUUAUUCUGUGGUGCGGGGCUGCGAUCGCAUUGUGCCGGUGGACAUCUAUGUGCCAGGUUGUCCUCCCACCGCCGAGGCGCUCCUGUAUGGAAUUUUGCAACUCCAGAGGAAGAUCAGACGGGAGAAGCGGCUACAAAUCUGGUAUCGGAAAUAGUGCCGUCCGUUUCAGAAAUAAGCCGCCGGCUGGAAAAUCGGCAGCCCUGCCUGUCUGUAUUUUGCGCACACGCUUUCCCAGUAAAGUUGCCAAGAGAGAGAGAGAGAAUGUAUACAUAACUGGCUCGACCCACUGCCUUUUUGUUUAACUUAGAAGGCCUUGAUUGGCCAAAGGAAGGCAGAGAGGCUGUGGUGCAUGGGCUAAACAUGGCGGGGGGGGGGUGUCUGUAGGAAGUGUCCAACGGCCAGGGUAGCCUUUUGCAGCUGGUUCAGGACUGCAUGGCCCUCAGCUUCUUAGGAAGAGCUGAGAGCGUUGCCCUGAAUCUGCUUUCCCCGAGUGUCUUCCUUAGAUAAGACCUGCUUUUGGUGGUGGGAGCCAAAACUGUUUCCUGAAGCAGCUUCGGUGUCCCGGCCCCAUCUCCCAGGUAGGGGGAUACAUCUGUGUACUACCCUAACCCUAGCCCCUGACACGAGGAAGAGAGGAACCUGGUGACGUCUGUGGCUAUACUUGCCCAGGUUCCUUUGGGGGCCCACAAAACGCCCCCUGGCCUGUGCAGAGAGCCAGUUCGGCCACGGAUCAGGGGAGUGUGAGCUUUGUUUCUCGCUUGUGUAUAUUCUGUGUCUCAGUUGCAGCGCUGUCUUCAAUAAACUGAGUGCCGUCUUGACA